AUUUUUGUUUUCGGGAUAUCUUCAGUUUCAAAAAAUAUUCUUCGCACGCAAGAUAAUCGGUACGCAACGGCAAACUAUCGAUUUUGGAUAGUUAUCUGACGAGAAGACGCACAUAAAAUUGAAUUCGUUCGGAAGAGUUUUGGCAAAACGCGAAAUUUCGGCAGCACGAUGAUAACUGCUAAGAAGCACCCGCUGGACAAUUGUCAGUUGUUUGUCCAGCUGAAGAAGUUAUUCCAUGAUUACAACGAGGAGGCCCAGUGUCUGAAAGACAUGAUUUACUGGAGUGGAAACGAUGAGCACAUUGCAAAGAUCUGCGACCAAGUGACGGACCUACUGGUGGAGCACGAUCUGAUCAUACAGCCGCCAGAAACCAUGGAUCCUUGUGCUAUGAAUCACCUGCGUGGACUACUGGUGUACCUGGUGCUAAACACCGCGCACGACGAUUUCUUGUGCGAAUCCCAGUGGAGCGCCAAUGUCAUCCAUUUGUGCAACCAGCUGCCGCCUAUCCCACUGUUUUUGACCAUCGCGAUAGCUAUUCAAUGCUGUCUCAAGGAGCCGCUGGAGGAAUUCCUUGCUUGUGGACCCCGCUGGCUGACCAUUCAGUAUUUUGAAUCAUUCAAUGAGUCUCUGUCGCAUAUUAAUCCGGAUUGCUUGGAAACACUACCGCUGCUCUCUGCCGCCCUAAGAGCAGCCGGUCGCGCAAUUGUCAACUACAUUUUGCCCGCAGAAAAUAAGCGACUGCUGCGGCAGAUAGCCUGCAUGGAACAUCGUCACAUCUUGGAUUCUAAACAGCGCCUCCUUACGCUGCCGCGUCCAUCCACUCGUAAGAUUUACCUGGCCGAGGCUAUGAAGCACCUCAUAGAAGUCCUUUUGUAUACCCUCAAUGAUCCACUAAAGCGGGAGAAACCUAAGUGCUUCGCCGUCUACAGCCAAAUAACCGUGGACAUCAGUGACAGCAACUCAAGUGAUCCCAUGCCUGAUCUGCGGCACUUCGCCCAAAUUCAGCUUGACGUUCUGCAGCGCAUCUUUGAGCUCGUUAGCGUAGACACGUUCAUGUACUGGCAUGAAAUUAAAUCGAAAAGUGUUCUGUAUAGCUGCCAGGAGCUAAUCUGUAGGCAGACGGCAGAAUUGCUUAAAGUACUCCAAUCGGAUGAGGUGCUCGGGCAGCAUCCGGUUUGCAAGCAGAUGCAGAGUUUUGCGGAUGCAGCAAAAACUUUGGAGCAGCGCGUUGCCGAGAUGAGAAUCGGUGAACUCUUAGCCUUUCUUGAUUCAGGUAUUGCCACCCAUAAGGAGUUGUUUGCCGGAUUGGACAAUCUCUUUAGCCGCUUUAUAGCCUUUGGCAACGAUGAGUGCCUGGAAACGAUGGCAAAUCAUUUAAAUAUGCUCACCAAGAAACAUGCCCAGAUAAUACUCGGUUUCCUGGGUCAGGUGGUGGAGUCCAAAAUGGAGGUCGAGGACGAGGGCAUAUCCAUUACGGAAGUAAAUCAGGAGGACGACGAGGACGAGACCUCGUCCAACGAUGAGUACGAAGAGCUGAUAAGCCUAGUACUGCGCCCCUUAUUUAUGCAAUUAAGUGUCAAGGACAAGAUGGAAGUACUGCUAUUGCGCGAUGAGCAAAACGUUACCCAAGGAUUUAAUUUCAAGGCUCCCGAUCAUCGGGAGCGUCGCAUACGCUUCUUUAACCAAUUGGAUUAUAGAAAUCACUUCCCGAUAUCCGAAUUUCUGGUACUGUGCUUUGAGAACGCAAAACAGACCUGGAUUGAUUUCUCCCACUUGGGCGUGACGCAUACCCGCUUCUCGCAGCUAUUCUGGCACAUAGCUCAGUAUUGUCCCAAGCAUACUGCUUUUCAUAUUUCCGCCUGUGCCGAUAACAUCUUGGUGAACGAGCAACUUCUUCAAAAGCCGUAUGCCUUGAGGUUUACACUCUACCUAUAUGGCCACCGACAGAUCCUCAACGGUCUCCACACGUCAGCGCGACAACUGUGCGUUAGUUUGAAAGACGGACCGUGUCCCUACGGAGAGGAUGAGCUUAGGCAGGCGCAAAAUAGGUUCCUACAGGCGUGUGCCAACGGUUUGGCCAAGUUUAUAGAGUCAAUGAACAUGCCCAGCUUGCAGGUAAUCUUGAAACUGCUCCAGCAGAUUUGUCUGGGUGAAAGCAAUCUGAUCACCCGAGGUACUUCAGAAUUAAAUGCACUCGAAAAGGAGCACCCGAAAUUGGAGAACGGAGACGAUGCACCAGCUGUCAAGGUGGCCAAGCACUACACAUAUCUGCAUGCCAGUUUGCCAGAGUGGCGUUUGAAACACUGGAAGCUGAUCUCCAAUGUUAUGAAAACCAUUGAUGCCCUACGCUGGGACUUGGCCACCUUUGAACAGGUCCGAGUGGACAAUUUAGAACUGGCGUUGUGGUAUUGGCAGGAUGGUCUGUCCCAUCUGACAUUCCUAGGCACUGAAUUCCGUCAGAGGAUCUUGAAUCAAGUGAGCAAAUUGAAGCACAAGGACUUUUGGAUCAUCUACCUUGAAGAAGACGCCUUAAAGGACACGCGCUCCUUUCUCAAAUUACUGACUCAGUCCAGUGCACCGGAGGCUAAUGAACUCUUCACCAAGGUCCUUGAAAGCAGCAACGAUUGUGCUGUUAUGAGCGAUCUAAGCGAUGCGGUGGUCAAGGUGAACAGCGAGUCCGCUUUCCUGGCCUUUAGAUUCCUAUUUCGAGAAUAUUUGAUCGCCUUCCGGAGCCACGCCAAACACAAUAAGACCACCACGAAGCGCCAGCAUUGGGAUCAUUUGGUGGCCGUUGUGGCCAAGGCUCCUUUCUCCAUUCGCAACGAGAUUAUGGAGCUAGCUAUUAAAGCCUUCGCUGUGCGAUUCGACAUCGAUAUCCAGGAGCAGCAGACGGCCAAGUGUUUGGUCGUUAAGGAGAUGCCGGUAGAAAAGUAAUAUUCUUAAGCCAAAUCGAAUCGCCGCCGCUUGUCCAACACCUGAAAGAAUUUUUAGGCAGGCAGAUCUCUAUUUGACCAAAAACAUAACGCUAGGAUUGAACAUCAGAAUAAUUUGAUAUCAGAUUAUUUACAACUUUGUAUGUCCUUCAAAAGGACGACUGUAUGCACAUAAGAUAUGUACUACUACCAUGAAAAAUUGUUUGUCUAUUCAGCUGAAAAUUAUUGCAAUUUUGCAUGUUCUUCAUAUUGUUCGUAUACUUAUGUAUUAUAUAUAAUAUACAAAACGCUAUGAUUGAA